CGCAGUUCUCGCUCCGCGGGUGGCUCACCAGUCACUUCAAUCCAAGCCCGCGGUUGGAGUGCACGUAACUUGUUUGACUUUAUUUUGGUACCAUCGUCACGUUUCUCAUGUCUUUUUAUUCGCGAUUGCUAUUGCUAUUAACUUUUGACAUGUAUAGCGAAGUGUUUAUGUAGUAUCGGUUGCGUCCGUAGACGCUAUUCAUCUCCAGAUUAACUGACACCUUAUAUCAAUAGAAAUCCAUCUUCUAAACAAACCGACAAAUUAAUCGCUGCCCGAUACAUUAUGGAACAAAAACGCGUUUACAAAGUGGUUCUCACCGGGGGUCCAUGCGGUGGAAAAACAACCGGACAGGCUCGCCUUUGUACAUUUUUCGAGAACAUGGGAUGGAAGGUGUUCCGUGUUCCCGAGACAGCGACUGUGCUGCUCAGUGGCGGCAUCAAGUUCACAGACCUGAACGCUGAACAGGCAGGAGAGUUGACGAGAGGUCCUUUGAGGUCCGAACAGGAGCUACGCAAUCGUUCGAGUCGCAAUAGCAACAGCGGGGAGGAUAAUAUCGUCCUACGGGACGAAGCCAAGUGGCCCGAAUUCCUACAAGUCGAGUCCAGUGAGGCAUUUAAAUUUCAAGAAAAUCUACUACGAACUAUGAUUCAAAUCGAGAACACAUUUUUCCAACUCGGGGACAGCUGUUCCAGAAAUUGCCUUAUUAUCUGCGAUCGUGGUGCAAUGGAUGCCUCUGCAUUUAUCUCAAAAGACAAAUGGGAAUUGAUGAUGGCAUCUAAUGGAUGGAAUAACGUCGAAUUGCGAGACAAUCGAUACAAUCAAAUCAUUCAUAUGGUAUCAGCUGCAAACGGAGCUGAGGAGUUUUAUUCCACCGAAGAUCACGCCUGUCGCUCAGAGGGUGUAGAACUCGCCAGAGAUUUAGAUUACAAAGCAGCCGCUGCAUGGGUUGGACAUCCUUAUUUUGACGUCAUAGAUAACUCGCAGGAUUUUGACAGCAAAAUUUGCCAGAUGAUCGAAUGCGUGUGCCAAAAAUUAGGCAUUGAUACCGGAGACCGAUUGAGGGCCAGCAGUCGUAAGCUCAAAUUUUUGGUCAAAGGGCCUCUACCGGAAGAAGGUUUUCCUCCGUACCAGGACUUUGACGUGGUUCAUAAUUACCUUCAAAGCAAAACACCAAAACUUCAGGCGCGACUCCGCAAACGCGGGCAGAAAGGGCAUUGGUCAUACAUUCAUACAAUCAGACGGCCAAAAAUGUGUGGGCAGGUUGUCGAAGUUAAAACGCAACUGACGCAUCGUGAUUACUUGAAUAUGUUAGCUCAGCGAGAUGAUUCUCAUUUUACCAUCUUCAAACGUCGACGCUGCUUUUUGAUCAACAACCAAUACUUUCAGUUGGAUAUAUACAGAGAACCAGGACAUCCAAGAUGCAAAGGAUUAAUGUUACUUGAAACGUACACAGCUUUAAGCGGAGAAGAGUUGAAGCGUAUCUUACCACAGUUCCUCGAAAUUGAGAAAGAAGUUACCGGCAAUCCGGACUACAGUAUGUUCAACCUCAGCCUUCGUGAAGAAUGGAAUAGUACCAACAAAUAUUGUCACACUUUACAUGGACCAGGUGAGGGUGCAGAAGAUACAAGUAAAAAACAUCAUCAGGAAAUGAGUGGAUCGCCAAGUAAGAAGCGUGCCAAUGCGGCAAAUAGUAGGGUCAACGGUGUAGAUCGUAAUGGUGUCGAUAGUUUAGAGAAUGGAGUCAAUGGACUUAACGGAGUACAAAAUGGUGUCCACUGUAUUGCAAACGGGAUGAAACAUGAUCACGUCAGUGAAAAUAAUUACAAGACGAAUUGCGUCGGCGAUUCGUCGGAGAAAGUGGACGAUGGAAUUUGUGAUAACGGAACGCAUAAGUGCGGGCUUCAAAAUGGCUUAAAAAUAUAACAUCUAGAAUGAAAAGGAAAUGACAAAUAUACCCAGCUAUUAAAGACCCGCAGUGGUAGGCAUUGGAUGAUAUUCACUUUGUUCAAUAAUUACCGUAAACACCGCGUUUUUAGGCAAUAUUAGUCUGUAAAUGAAUCAUGCGUAGCGUAACCACUAUUUUUCAUCUAGUUACAUGUUGAGCAGAAAAUAUUAUCUUUCUUCCUGAUGUCUAGUAUAUGUACUUAAAAACCGCACUAAUUAGAAACCAAAUGCGUUGCCUACCCUUAAAGAUGAUAUUGUGACGACAGGAAAUACCAAUUCUCAAACCAGUUAUUUUCGUAAUCGAAUUAGGUGCAUACAUGCCUGAAUUACAUGCGUCCUGCGUGUACCUACCGAAUUACUAAUUUUACCUGAAGUAUUUAGAGAGGAUUGAGGGAGAAACUUUCUGACUCUACAGACCUUAACACGGAAAAGAAAAUGGAACAGAGAAUAAACAAUAAAACAAUUAUUUAUCUCUCAAACGGCAACACGCUAUGAUUAUGUAUUUAAUUAUUAUGAUAUCUUUCUAGUAAGUUUACACAACUUGAUUGUAUUACCACCAAUGCUGAGUCAAAUGGAAAUCGUGUAUUCGUAAAAUAAUCUCAAAUUCUAGUACCCAAAAAGCAUAGAAUCUUGAAACACAGAUGGUAGAUUGAAGCAAUAAGUGAAUCAUUGCCUUUUAGCUCGGUACGACUGAUUUGGAGAACCCGGUCACACACCAACUGCAAUUCAUUUGGAUAAUGGAUGGAUGAAACUCUUGGAGAGAGUUUAUCGGUAUUCCAAGAGGUGUAAAUGCGUGAUAUGAUACUUAGAGAACAUUUUGGAUUCAUGUGUGCCGAUGGGAGUAAGAAUUUGUCGCACCGUUACGUUCGGAAACAUCAAGAGGCAAUUGGGGUAAUUAAUUGAUCCCUUGUAUUCAAAUUAAUUAAAGAGAACGCUUUUAAUAUCUUUGCAAACAGUAUCCAAUUAACUUGGUCUUCUCUUUUUUCAUCUCUUUUAUUAUGAAUACACGAUUAUUGACAAAAUUGUACGUAUUAAAAUUUCAAAACAAAGAAAAUUAUCCAUAUUAUUAACUUAUGAAUUUGAAAUAAUUGAAAUGACCCGAAAUCAUUUUGAAUUUAUUUUUGUGUAAAUAGCGUAUGACAGUAAAAAAGUAUAAACUACUGACGAUGAUGGAAUUUAUGUUGUGAUAAAACAAAGUUCUCAUUGAGGUAUUUAAAUUUUCCUUUUUAACAAAUUUUAUCCAAAAAAAUUGGAGUAGGAAUCAAGAUGAAUGCUUUUUGCGCAUUCAUAUCAACUCGUACCUUGCUGUGGUGAGAUCGUAUUACGAAUCACUGUUGAUUGUAAUAGAAAUUGCCUUUGAUUCGUGAAUUGUCACUAUUUACAAAAUUCAUGUUCAUAGUUUUAUCUUCUAAAUGUGAAAUGCCUGAUAAUAAUUCAUCCUUUUUAACACUCAUAUAUAUGAAUUUGGUAAUUUUAUUCAAUCAAAUAAUAAACUGUUAAAAAAAAUACAGAUCCAAAAAGAACGACCAUUUUUUUUAUCAUUGAUAAUAUUCUGUAUUAUCAAAUUUAACAUUUUUCUAUUUUUCCUACUCUACUGAUCGAUUUUCUUGCGAUACAUAUUGCUAUACACCUAUCACAGGUUUGUCCUCAUUGAAGUCGAAGUGCCUGUGAAACAUUUGUUGUAUAUGCAAUGAAAGUAUAUAUAUUUUCAACAAACUAUUGGCACACAUCACGAACAUAUUCGAUUUAUCUGAUAACACAUUGUACUUAUCAUUGAAUAAAACAGUCGUUUGUCUGCCACUA